GUAUGAAUUUUCGAGUAUUUCCGGCAAAGAGCUAUCUCCAAUCAGUCACCACAUCGCACAUUUUUGUCGGCGGUCGAGCAACGGCACCAAACUUCAUAGACUCCUUUGCGCACAUAGACGAUAUUCGUCAAAGCAGAACAACAACAGAUGUCUCACAACGGCGGUAGCAGUCAAAACAAUGGCUGUAACAACGACAGAAACGACAGAGACAAUGGCAGCAGUCGGCGACUUAGGGGCGUUCAGAAAGGGAUCGGGCAAUGCUCCUGGAGAAGUAGCUGUAACAAACGGAAGCGAAAGACCACCGGAUCCACAUCACGUCAAUCAGUUUUGGCCGCUGCCGCUCUUCGUCGCAAUAUGCCCUUUUUGGAUGUGCUGCCGUUUGACACACUUGCAAACGCUGUCGCCUACUUGCCGUUUGAUGAUUUGGCCAAAAUUGGACUUGUAUCAAAAAAAUUCCAUAAAGUCCAGAACAUGACAAGAUAUUCGCGAAAACACAUCUCCGUUGGAUUGCUUCGUCGUCUCUUCCCUGAUGCAAUAAUUCCUUCUCCGAGCACUACAAGUUGUGUUGGCAUGCUGCAAGUAAUGAGGCCACUUCGGCGAGCACUUCGUUCCUAUCCAUCAGGAAAUAUCAAUGAGGUGGACUUGUCUGAGUUGUUGGCCUUUCGCGAAUCGCAUUUUGAGGAGCUGUUGAAGUCCAUCAACAACGGGAAAUCACUGUUCACAGAGGUUCGACGGCUGAACGUGCGUGGUUGUGUUGUCGAACCAAAAGACAUUGCCUUUCUUGCUCAGCUAAUGCCUAAAGUCUGGUUCGUGCGCUGCUCACCACAAACGCUUGUUCUGCCAGAAGAAAUGUUUCAAAGAGCAUCUAAUGCUGACUGCCGAACAACAAUAUCAACUACGAAACCGAGUGGAAGACUAUGCCCAACUUUGCGGGAAACUAACGCAGCGACAACUCUUGCUAUUGUCUCAACUCACCGAGCAAUUCCCGUGUCUUGAAAUGGUUCAACUAG